AUGCAGAAUGACACCCAUGAGCUCAUGCACCUGUACCUGCCAUGGAAACGCUCCCCCAGCAACCGCAUCAUCCACACCAAGGACCACGCAUCCAUCCAGAUGAAUGUGGCUGAGGUUGACCAGGUGAUAGGCAGGUUCAAUGGCCAGUUUAAAACCUCUACUAUCUGUGGGGCCAUUCGCAAGAUAGGUGAGUCAAAUGACUCCAUCCUCCGACUGGCUAAGGCCCAUGGCAUCAUUUCAAAGGACUGGAGAGGAUCACGGAUGUGGGAUAGUUGUCAUAAAUAA